CACCCUGCCGUGCUGACAGUCGCAGUUCUGAAUGUGACUGCAUGACAACAGUCGCCGCAUAAGUCCAGUCGGCCAGUCUGCAUCGUUAAUAUCGCCGAUAUUAGGGUCGGGGUGGGGGAAACACACACGGGUCUUUCUCGCAGUUUGCACGGUACAGAACCAUGGCUUGUGUCGCGAUGCCGGGAGAGCUGGGCCGGCCUCAUCAUCGCCCUUUCCUGAUCGGCGUGAGCGGCGGGACUGCCAGUGGCAAGUCGACAGUAUGUGCGAAGAUCAUGGAGCUGCUUGGCCAGAACGAGGUGGACCAUCACCAGCGCAAAGUGGUCAUCGUGAGCCAGGACCGCUUCUACAGGGUGCUGACCAUCGAGCAGAAAGCCAAGGCUCUCAAGGGCCAGUACAACUUUGACCACCCAGAUGCUUUUGAUAAUGAGCUGAUGUAUAAAACCCUGAAAGAUAUUGUGGAGGGAAGGCCGGUCGAGGUGCCCACGUAUGAUUGUGUAACCCAUUCCAGGCUGCAGGAGACGAUGACGGUGUACCCAGCUGACGUGGUUCUGUUCGAAGGGAUCCUGGUGUUCUACUCUCAGGAAAUCAGGGAUAUGUUUCACCUGAAGCUCUUUGUGGACACAGACUCCGACGUGAGGCUGUCCCGCAGAGUUCUUCGAGAUAUGAAGAGAGGGAGGGAUUUGGAACAGAUCCUGACUCAGUACACCACCUUCGUGAAACCGGCCUUCGAAGAGUUCUGCUUGCUGACCAAGAAAUAUGCAGAUGUGAUCAUACCUCGAGGGGUGGAUAACAUGGUUGCGAUUAACCUGAUUGUCCAGCACAUCCAGGACAUCCUCAAUGGAGACAUCUGCAAAUGGCAGCGGGGCGCGGUGAAUGGCCGUGGGUUGAAGAGGGCCCUGUCGGAACAAGGAGGCGUGGCUAACGGGAUUCCAAACCCACCGGGCAAGCGGGUUCUGUUGGAGCCCAGCAGCCGGCCCCACUGAGUGACGCACAGACGCCCCGCCUCCCGGGGGGGGGGUGAGCUGCUGUGCUGCUUACCCCACAGCACAGGGAUGCUCUGUGAGAAAACAAGGGAAUUGCAUUUGGCUGCUCUCUCUUGCUGGACAAGCUCAAAUAGAGACGUUAAAACCUAAGAACCAGCAAAAAUGGGAUGGUUCAAAAUCAGGUAGAGGAGAGGCUGCAAGUUGUUCUUGUAGAAAACUUAAAACCCCUGCAGUGAAAAUCAUCAUACAGAUUGUCAAAGUCCUUGCCCCUGGUAUUGUCGCAUGCACGCCAUGGUCACGUUGUAAGAGAGAGUUAUUAAUUCUAUAUAAACACGUGUAAGAUGAAUGGCAUUUCUACGUUGUAAUGAGAGUGUAUUUGCUUGCUGUGAACCACGUGUGAGGAAGGGUCACUGCUUCUGGGGCAGUAUUAUUUGGUUUGUUCCUGUCUUAUAAUACUUAAAAUCUUUAAAAUAGGAAGCUGAUUUUAGGCAUUGUACGUUCUGGUUUAAAAAAAGCAAGCCCUAGUCCUGCACUGGGUUCAUCAGUUUCCACCUGUUUACUGUUGAAAUGAAUGGAGGUGCAUCGCUAUUACUUCAGUUUGGUUGUUUUUUUAAUUGUACGUAGGGCAUGCCUUUAGUCUCGGCACUUGAAAUUGUUUGCAAGUCUCCCAGUCCUGAAUACUAUGUUGUAGUCUCAUUUUAUAGAAGAACUGUUUGCACUUUGAUAGGUAGCUGCUUGUUAAUAGCUUUGGUACCUAAAGUAAAGACAUUUAUUAAAACCGUUGGGGCAUUUUUUCUGAGCCCGCAGCUAUACUUGUCUCAUCAAUGUGAUUCUGUUUAAAUGUACAUUUUGCAAUGUAACCAUCAGUGUUAAGAUUUAUAACUGUUUUCUCUCUUUU